GGGGUAUUGCAAGACACAUCCAUCCGAUUCAACAGGGGUAUAGGCAGAAUGAACAGGGAAUUUACACGGAAUGAACAGGGUAUUUUUGCACGAUCUGGGCGGAAUCAACAGGGAUUAAGCACGACAACCACCUUGAGGCUCGAGUCUCUGCGCGGUGUGUCGGCGCUUCACGGUUACACGAGGAGAGAGGCAACCGGGUGGGGUCAAUGUUUGGCCAUGUAGGCUGUGAGGCUUCUGCUCGUUACAGACAAUAAACAGCCGAGGUUGUCUCGCUAAGUUAUUGUAGUUCCAGCGUAUUUAUCUUAUUGUAAUCACUCAGCCAAGUUUUAUACAAGACAGCAACAUGGCGUCAGCGACCGGCGCCCCUGGCAACCAGGGAACUGAACCAUACCAGCUUGCGAACGAAGAUUAUACUGUCGGCUGGAUUUGCGCCUUGACGACCGAAAAUGUCGCGGCGCAGGUCUUUCUUGACCAGAAGCAUGCGGCCCCUACCUCCAUCGCAACUCAUGAUAAUAACGACUACACGUUGGGCCGUAUCGGAAAACACAAUGUCGUUAUUGCCGUGCUUCCAGGUGGGGAAUACGGCACAGCAUCCGCCGCCGGCGUGGCGCGCGACAUGCUCCAUACCUUCCCCAAUAUACGAAUCGGACUCAUGGUUGGCAUUGGCGGCGGUGCGCCAACCUCGAAGAACGAUAUCCGGCUCGGUGAUGUUGUCGUCAGCGAACCUAAAACCGGACGCGGAGGCGUGUUUCAGUACGACUAUGGCAAGAACAUCCAGGAUCAGCCAUUCCAGAGCACACGCUUUCUGGCGCCGCCGCCGCCCAUGCUGCUAACAGCAAUUAAUGGGCUAAGAGCGGAAUACGAGAUCGACGGCCAUACUAUUCGAGAAAGUAUUGAAGCAUGUCUGUUGGAGAGAAAGAGGCUACGAAAGAAAUAUAGCCGUCCUGAUAUAGCGACCGAUCAACUAUACCAAUCAGACGUAGUUCAUCUGCUGGGCGAUGGACACUGCCUGGGUACUUGUGAUAGUGACGCCUCGUCUAUCAUCGUACGCCGUACCCGAGACGAGGAUGACGAUGAUCCAGUUAUACACUAUGGGUUGAUCGCGUCGGCGAACCAAUUGAUGAAAGAUGCCCACGUUCGAGAUCAGUUUGCGAGAAAAGAAGAAGUUCUGUGUUUCGAGAUGGAAGCAGGCGGAUUGAUGAAUCACUUUCCAUGCCUGGUCAUUCGAGGGAUAUGCGACUAUUCUGAUACUCAUAAAAACAAGGAUUGGCAAGGCUACGCCGCUAUGACUGCAGCAGCAUAUGCCAAAGAUCUUCUUAAAAGAAUAUCACCAAGCAAAGUGGAGGCAGAGCAAAAGCUCAGUGAAUUGUUUAAGAAAGGUUAGCUAAUUUUCAUUACUCUACAUUGCUCCAAAGCGUGAAUAUUAACCUAGGACUCGCUCUGCUACAUAUAUAGUCUCCGAGGCUGUUAUGACAACAAGUGAAGCUAUUACUCAUAUCAAGUCCACGAUGUUUAAAGAUGAAGACAACAAAAUUCUUGACUGGCUAGCAUCAAGUAGCUAUGGUUCGAAAUAUAGCGAUCUCUUGAAGGACCGACAGCCAGGAACGGGCCAAUGGUUUCUAGACUCAGCGGAGUAUCAAACGUGGCUGGGUACACAGAAACAGACACUGUUCUGUCCAGGCAUUCCUGGAGCCGGAAAGACGAUACUCGCAUCAAUAGUCAUUGAGGAUCUCUUUUCGCGCUUCGAAAGUAACCAGGAAAUUGGUAUUGCAUACUUAUACUGCGACUUCCAGAGGCAAGACAAUCAGAAAGUCGACGAUCUCCUCGCUAGUCUACUGAGGCAGCUAGCUCAGCGUCGGCCAUCUCUGCCAGACGAGCUAAAAUCUCUCUAUAAGAAACAUAAAGACAUACAGACAAGGCCAUCUGUUGAUGAAAUCCUCUCCGGUCUCGAAUCGGUAGCUAGGAUAUACUCAAGGGUAUUGAUUGUCGUGGAUGCGCUUGAUGAAUGCGAGAUGAAAUGUAUGUUAAAAUUUCUAUCGCACUUGUUCAGCCUCCAAGCAAGCACUAUGGCAAAUAUCUUGGCAACCUCGCGACCUAUUGAAAUAAUUAAAAAAGAAUUUGAAGGUAGAAGCGAGAUAGUAAACAUCAGUGCCAGAAACGAAGACGUCGAGAAAUACCUGGAUAGCGAUAUGAAAAUGCUGCGAUUACUGGACAAAGGGAGUGAUGGCUUGUCAGACAAAAGGAGAGAAGAGCUUCAGAAAGAAAUUAAAAAUACGCUUAUCAAAUGCGUCAAUGGCAUGUUUCUCCUUGCACGACUUCACCUAGCAUCGCUUGUCGACAAGACAUCAGAGUUUGCCCUAUGUACCGCCCUGAAAUCUCUCCCAAAAGGGCAGAAUGCGUUGGCCCAGGCAUACGGAUUAACUAUCAAGAGGAUCAGAAGCCAGCCAGAGGGCUGGCGAUCGCUUGCCGAGAGGGUUCUCACAUUGCUCACCUGCGCUAAAAGUCAGCUCACAACCUUGGAGCUCCAAGACGCUCUUGCGGUGACAGAGGGUGAUUCAAGACUUGACAAAACUAAACGAGAGCUCACGAAUACUAUCGUUCUUGUAUGCGCAGGUCUUGUGACUGUCGAUGCAUAUAGCGGUAUUAUUCGCUUGGUUCAUGAGACGACAAGAGAAUAUUUUGCGAGCCAUAUGCAUUGCAUUAGACCUCAGAAAGCCGUCACAAAUACAGAGGAUCCUAUGAAACUAGACGAUGAAAAGAAUGCCAGUGCCACAGUUGAGGCUCACAGGACCUUCGCGAUCAUUUGCAUCAGUUACCUCUCAUUCAGCGAUUUCGACAGCGGGUUUUGUCAAACGGACGCCGCAUUUGAACAGCGGCUACGGUCAAAUCAGCUCUACAAGUACGCCGCAUGCAACUGGGGUUACCAUGCUCACGAGGCUUCAACAUUAUGUCCUAACAUUACAUGGUUUUUGGAAGAUUCGCCGAAAGUGGAGGCAUCGAGCCAGGCCUUAAUGGCUACUGAUUCAUGGCGUUCCAAUUGGAGCCAGUUGGUUCCCAAGAGGGUAACGGGGAUUCACCUAGCAGCAUAUUUCGGUCUUCAAGAAUCAGUGCGCAUAUUGCUUCAGGAUUGGCAAAAUAUUGAUGUCAGGGAUGACUGGGGUCGUACAUCACUCUUAUAUGCUGCUCGGAACGGAUAUGAGGCUACUGUCCAGCUGUUGCUAGCCACAGAAAAAGUCGAUGUCAAUGCCAAGGAUAAGUGGGGUCGCACACCACUGUCAUAUACCGCCGAGAACGGGCACGAGUCUAUAGUCAAGCUGCUACUAGCAUCGGACAAGGUCGACGUUAAUACCCAAGAUCAGUGGGGUCAAACAUUGCUGUCAUAUGCCGCCGAGGGCGGGCAUGAAGCGGUUGUCAACCUGCUACUGGCAACGGACAAGGUCGCUGUUGAUACCCAAGAUCAGUGGGGUCGGUCACCACUUUCAUAUGCUGCUAUGAAGGGGCAUCAGGCUAUGGUUAAGCUGCUGCUGAUGACAGACAAGGUUGACAUUGAUACCCAAGAUCGGUGGGGUCGGAUGCCACUCUCAUAUGCCGUCGAGAACGGGCACGAGACUGUCGUCAAGUUGUUGCUCGAUCGAGAUGCUGAUGUCAACAUCACUAGUAAUGGCGAUUGGACACCGCUCAAUUAUGCCUCAAGAACUGGUUAUAUAAACGUCGUUAAGCUUUUGCUUAAUAAAGGUGCUAAUAUCGAUGCCUUGACAAAGUGUGGGCGGACAUCAUUGCACUAUUCCUCUUACUAUGGCUUUGUCGAUGUGGUAGAGAUCCUGCUUAUCUGUGGUAUUCAUCAUCAUACCAUGGAUAUUCAUGGACGUUCGCCGCUCUUUAUGGCAUCAAUAUCCACAAAUAAUCAUUCCGCCGUUGUCAGAUGUCUGCUAUCGUAUGGUGUGCUACCCGAUGUUGCAGAUCGAUAUGGUACGACACCUUUAUUUGCUGCUAUCAAACAUGAGAACAUUGACGUUGCUCGAUUACUGCUUGCAACCAAAGCUGUGGAUUUGACUGUAAAAGAUGGUUUUGGUAAAUCGCUAGGUUACUGGGCAGCUAGAAGCAAAAACAGGCUAGUUAUCGACCUUCUAAGUCAUCAUGGUGUGUUGGCUGGUGCACUGCCUGAACUCGAUAGCAAUGUGAUCAGUGCGCCAAAGGAAUAUGGAUCACUCUACUGUGAUAUAUGCGUUGGUCGUGUUGCUAUAGGACAGAGCUACCGUCGUUGCGAAAUUUGCGAUAUAGAUGAGUUUAGCAUAUGCCAAGAGUGCUACGAAGCUGGAUUCCGAUGUCACGAGGGAACACAUGAACUUAGCUAUAUUCAAUCGUAUAUAAGUAGUUAAUAGCCUUUAAUCAAAUGACUUGGAACUUCGAA